AUGAGCGGGGCCCAGCCCAGAGACGCAGCGGGCGCGGCCCCCGACGUGGACCCGGGCCGCGCGGCCGUGGCCUCGGCCUACCAACGCUUCGAGCCGCUCGCCUACCUGCGCAACAACCACGCCCCGCCGCGCGGGGACCUCAGCAACCCCGACGGCGUCGGGCCCUGGAAGCUGCGCUGCUUGGCGCAGACCUUCGCCACGGGUGAGGUGUCUGGACGCACUCUCAUCGACAUUGGCUCGGGCCCCACCGUCUACCAGCUGCUCAGCGCCUGCGCCCACUUUGAGGACAUCACCAUGACCGAUUUCCUGGAGGUGAACCGCCGCGAGCUGGGGCUCUGGCUGCGAGAUGAGCCCGGCGCCUUCGACUGGAGCGCCUACAGCCGGCACGUCUGCCUCAUCGAGGCCAAGGGCGAGUCCUGGCAGGAGAAGGAGCGCCAGCUCCGAGCCCGCGUCAAGCGGGUCCUGCCCAUCGACGUGCACCAGCCGCAGCCCCUGGGCGCAGGGCACGGGGCGCCCCUGCCUGCCGACGCCCUGGUCUCCACCUUCUGCCUGGAGGCUGUGAGUCCGGACCUUGCCAGCUUCCAGCGGGCCCUGGACCACAUCACCACGCUGCUGAAGCCCCGGGGGCACCUCCUGCUCAUCGGGGGCCUGGAGGAGUCCUGGUACCUCGCAGGGGAGGCCAGGCUGGCGGUGGUGCCCGUGGGCGUGGAGGAGGUCCGGGCGGCAUUGGGGCGCAGCGGCUACGCUGUGCGGGACCUGCGCACUUACGUCAUGCCCGCCCACCUCCGCACGGGCGUGGACGACGUCAAGGGCAUCUUCUUCGCCUGGGCCCAGAAAGGGGUGGGGGUGUGA